CGCCGCCAACAUCCCGCCGCCGCCUCGGCUCGGCCGACAGCGACACAGCGACUCACCGCGGCCCGCGCGCCAGUCAGUUCGGCGCCGACACCCAUCCCGCGAGCACGUCCGCUAAACAAAUGGCCGCAGCAACCACGCACUCGGCCCCCGCUCCCUCCGAGCGCCGCUCUGAGACCCGCGCGGGAUCCCGCCGUAUCUUCCCACCGCAGUUCAAACUACAAGUUCUCGACGCCUACAGACGCGACUCACAAUGUCGAGGAAACCAACGCGCUACCGCCAGGAAAUUCGGUAUUCACCGCCGUCAAAUCCAGAAAUGGCUUCAAGCUGAGCCAGCUCUCCGAGCGGCUCUUUUGAGGCGAGCACCGCAACCUGCCCCAUCGCCUCCGCCUUAUUGCGUCGGGUCCCCCGAGAGUGCUCGCCUACCGUCGCCCCCGCCAGCGCCAGCCUGUUUACCCACACCAGUUGCCUUGCCCACGCCACUUCCGGCGCCGAUCCCAGUGAUACCUCCUAGUACGGAGCCCAUAGACUUGUCGAUGCGUCGUCUGUCAGCACCUGUUUCCGUGCUGACGUAUGCACCAUCGACUGUUCCGGAGCACCCUAUGCCGCGUAAGCCGUUCAAGUUGUUCAGGCCGUACCUGCUAGAUGAGGAAGAAAAGAAGCCUUCGCUGGCGUCCCUGCCCGUGUCGAACGGCGUGCACGUGUCCGCCUUCGUACCGGUGCAGAGCGCAGCGUUAUGCACGCUGGCCGCGUGCCCCACGCCGCGCUGGUGCCCGCCUGCUCCGUCGUUCUCAGCGCCACUUAGAUGAGAAGACGCCACCGGGGCUGUUGCCGCCGUUCCCCUGUUCUGUGAUCUAGUCGUCGACGCCCGCCUGGCGCCGCCCGGGGCGUAGCCCUAUAAUACCGUGCCUUAACGUACACGUCGCCAUAGUGCAUUAUGCCGUCAUAAAGAGAUGACAGUCUAUUUUUGUGUAUAAAUUAUAGUUAUAAGAGUAAGAUUGUAUUUUUGUAUGUGGGGUUUAUAAAGCGUACCUACAUUUAUGAAGAUUAUAAUAAUAUAACAAUUAUUA